AUUAAAAAAAAAGAAAAUUUAGCACUUCGAAAUUUGAAACUCAAUAUCACCAUAAUCUAAGGAAAAAAAGAGUGGGUUUGAAAUUAAACCGACAAAGAGACAAAAUCAACAAUUUGUAUCCUUUUCCCUGAGCCCAUUAUCCUCUACCUCUGUUACUGUAACUGGCCUUUCAUUAUAAAAUUGAACCCAUCUUCUCAUUGAAACUCAUUCAUACACACUCUUAUAAAAAGCUUAACUUGUUUUUCUCUCUCCUCAAAACCAAAAAUGGCAGCACCAAUUUCACUCUGUGUCUCUUUAGCUCUGCUACUCACAAUUUGCACUGCCUUGGGAGCUACACCUACUAAAAAUCACAGGGGAGGGCUGAUUCCAAAUGGUAACUUUGAAGAGCCACCAAAACAAGUGAAGAAUACCAAAAUCAUAGGGAAAUUCUCCUUACCUAAAUGGGAAAUCAAUGGACUUGUGGAGUACAUUCGCGGUGGACCUCAGCCGGGAGGGAUGUACUUUGCCGUCGCCCAUGGAGUCCACGCUGUGAGACUCGGGAACGAGGCUUCAAUCUCACAGACAGUGCCUGUGAAACCAGGGUCAUUCUAUGCACUGACCUUUGGGGCCUCUAGAACUUGUGCCCAAGACGAGGUCCUAAGGGUCAGUGUCCCUCCUUUUCAGGGUGACUUGCCCAUUCAAACACUUUACAGUAUUGAUGGAGGUGAUACUCAUGCUUUUGGUUUUAAGGCCGUUUCUAAGGUUGCUAAGAUUACUUUCCAUAAUCCUGGGGUGCAAGAAGAUCCUACUUGUGGACCUCUAAUUGAUGCUAUUGCUCUCAAGGAGCUUUUGCCUGUUUACCCUACCAAAGGGAACCUCGUAAGGAAUGGUGGUUUUGAAGAGGGCCCUUACAGGUUGCUCAACUCAUCAAAUGGGAUACUCAUUCCUCCCAAACAAGAAGAUAUCAACUCGCCGCUCCCUGGAUGGAUCGUUCAAUCCCUCAAGGCAGUUAAAUUCAUUGACAAAAGGCACUUCAAUGUUCCGUUUGGCCGUGCAGCUAUUGAGCUAGUAGCAGGAAGGGAGAGUGCCAUAGCCCAGGUUAUCCGCACAAUCCCCAACAAGACAUACAACCUCACCUUCACAAUCGGAGAUGCUAAGAAUGGUUGCAAAGGAUCAAUGUUGGUGGAAGCAUUUGCAGGGAAGGAUACCCUAAAAGCACCCUUCCUGUCCCAGGGUCUUGGGAGGUUCCGAACAGUCAGUAUGAAAUUUAAGGCAAUUUCUCCCAGGACUAGGGUUACUUUUUUCAGCUCCUACUAUCACAGCAGGGCCGAUGGGUUUGGUAUACUUUGUGGUCCAGUUCUUGAUGAAGUUAAGGUUUUCCCUACUGCUUAGAUGGUAGGAGUGUAUUAUGCAAUGUUAUCCCUUCAGCCAUCCUUGUAUAACUUCUUGAGUCUAGUUGAUACUAUGCCUUUUGCUACAGGUUUGGGAUUUGUUAUGCCACUUAUAUUUCAAAGGCAUGCAUUACAGACUGUAGUUUAAGCAAAGACGGUAAUGUACUAAAGGGCAACUGUUAUUUGCUUCUGCUAUUAUGUAGUAACGUUACACCAAUUUGUAGCAGCGAGCUAAUACUAUUCCCCUUAAUAUUC